UUCAAGGUCCUCCCUGUAAGAAUAUCAUCCUCCCCACUCACUCAGGCUGGUCCACCUCUUCUACUCAGUCUCUGCCAGGCACUUGCUGGUUGUUCCCUUUGCUUUCCCCCUGUUAGCUGGGAUCUCAGCUUAGACAUCCUUUCCUCCAAGGAGCCUUUCCUGAUGUCCCCAAAUCCAGAUAUCAAGAUGAGUGGGGAUGUAGCGGAUUCCACAGAUGCUCGCAGCACUCUCAACCCGGUGGAACCAGGAAAUGAUCGAAAUGGCCUAGAUUUCAACAGGCAGAUUAAAACAGAGGACCUCAGUGACUCCCUGCAGCAGACACUCUCCCUUCGGUCAUGCCACCUGACUCAAGGUCCUGCCAUGAUGUCCGGAAACCAAAUGUCUGGGGACAUGGCUUCCCUGCAUCCACUCCAGCAGCUCGUGUUGGUUCCCAGCCACUUACAGUCCGUAUCCCAGUUCCUGCUAUCUCAGACCCCACCUGGGCAGCAAGGUCUGCAGCCAAAUCUCCUCCCCUUUCCACAGCAGCAAAGCAGUCUCCUCCUCCCACAGACCGGGUCUGGCCUAGCCUCCCAGGUAAACAACCACAUUCUUCCUGCUUCCUCUAGGGAUAUCUUGUCUCAACAGAGCUCAGCCCACUGGUUUUCACCCAACCCAUUUAACAGGGCACAAGGGGCAACCCAAGCUACNGACCUCGAGGAGCUGGAGAAGUUUGCCAAGACCUUCAAGCAGAGGCGCAUUAAGCUGGGCUUCACACAGGGAGACGUAGGGCUGGCAAUGGGGAAGCUGUAUGGCAAUGACUUCAGCCAGACUACCAUCUCGCGAUUUGAGGCCCUCAAUCUGAGCUUCAAGAACAUGUGCAAGCUCAAGCCGCUGCUGGAGAAGUGGCUGAAUGAUGCAGAGUCUUCUCCAUCAGACCCCUCGGGGAGCACGCCCAGCUCUUAUCCCACCCUCAGUGAAGUAUUUGGUAGGAAGAGGAAGAAACGGACCAGCAUUGAGACCAACAUCCGCCUGACCCUGGAGAAGAGGUUUCAAGAUAACCCCAAACCCAGCUCAGAGGAAAUCUCCAUGAUUGCAGAGCAGUUGUCCAUGGAGAAGGAGGUGGUGAGGGUCUGGUUCUGCAACCGACGCCAGAAGGAGAAGCGAAUCAACUGCUCAGUGGCCCCACCCAUCAAAUCACCUGUCUAUAAUUCCCGGUUGGUCUCCCCCUCAGGGUCUCUGGGCCCCCUCUCUCUCCCUCCUGUCCACAGCACCAUGCCUGGAACAGUAACGUCAUCCUGUUCCCCUGGGAACAACAGCAGGCCUUCGUCUCCUGGCUCAGGACUCCACACCAGCAGCCCCACUGCAUCUCAAAAUAACUCCAAAGCAGCAAUGAAUUCCUCCUCCAGUUUUAACUCUUCAGGAUCCUGGUACCGAUGGAAUCACCCCACCUACCUCCACUGAGACCAAAAAGUUUCUCCUACUCCACCCUGCCCUGAAUUGCCACUGGAAGGAAGGAAGUCAUGCCUUCUCUGUAUGGACAGAUUGUUUUCAGAAGAGUGAGAGAAAAUCCCUGUUAUCAAUGAAAACCCAACUGUUACCUUCUUCAGGAGCGAGGCCCUCCAGAGAUCCAAACUGCGAUUGAACCAUGUUCUGACUCCUAAUGCUCUUGAAAUACAUAACCCUUCCUAGGAGUUGACCAUUUUCACCUUCCUCACCUGUGCCUUUACCAUCUAGUUCAAGUACUUUAGACAGCCUCACUGUGGCAUAGUCUUUCAGA